GUUUUAAUUAUGUAGGUGCCUAGUUACCUUCUUUCCAAACAAAACAAACAUCCACCAAGAAAUUCCGCUCGUUAAGCCGAGAAAGGUUCUAGAUACUCAAGUAUAGUAGACUAGGUAUACACAAUAAAUACCAUCUACUUUUCCAUAACCUGCCCACCAACCUCAAAGCAUCACACCAACCAUGUCCACAACGACAAACCCCGACCCAGCGCCAGGCUCGCUAGCCUUCGUGCCACUGGAAGCGAACCCAGAGCUCAUGACCUCACUACUACACAACCUAGGCCUGAGCAAAGCUCUGCAAAUACACGACGUGUACUCCAUCACCGAACCCGAACUUCUAGCCUUCGUGCCGCGGCCAGCGCUAGCCCUCCUCCUCGUGUUCCCUGUCUCCGCCACCUACGAGUCCGCGCGCCUCGCCGAGGAUGCCGGCGUCCCCGAGUACACCGGCAGCGGUGACAAGGAGCCCGUCUUGUGGUACCGCCAGACCAUCCGCAACGCCUGCGGGCUCAUGGGCCUGCUGCACGCCGUGUCCAACGGCCCCGCUAGGGGUUUCAUCGAACCAGAUACCCCCUUACACCGCCUCCUCAACGCCUCCAUCCCCCUCCACCCCACCGAACGCAGCGCCCUCCUCGAGAAGACCCCCGAGCUCGCAACCGCGCACCAAGAAGCCGCCAGCCGCGGUGCGACCGCCGCCCCAGAUGCCCAAGAUGACGUAGAUCUCCACUAUGUCUGCUUCGUCAAGACCGAGGUUGGUGGUGACGGCAGCGGCGGCACGCUCUGGGAGCUCGACGGCCGCCGCAAGGGCCCCAUUGCCCGCGGUCACCUCGGUCCGAACGAGGACGUCCUCUCCGAGCAGGCCCUCCUAUGGGGUCCCCUCAAGUUCCUCGAGCGCGGCGGCGGCGACAUGCGCUUCAGCUGCGUCGCGCUGGCCGGGGCCCUGGACUGAAGCCUCCCCUCCCUCUCUAGGUAGCGUAUUGCAGUGUAUUGUGUGGCCAAACCCACCUAUCUACCCUACCCAAGGCAAGGGGCCUACAGCUCACAAAACACAAACAAAUAAAAGUAUAUAACAGCAGCCCUUUGGUUUCUUUUCUUUCUUUUCUAGGAGGAGAAGAAAGAGUUUAUACUUCACUAGGUCUCCAUCAUAUAAUGUGUAUAAAUUCUCUCAGCUUUCAGUACACCACCACCACCACCAUCACAUACACACAUACAUACCUACGUGUCUAGGAGGUAGGUGUAUAUGCCUAGAUACUAGAUAUGAAUGGAAUCCCAUCGCGUUCUACGUACACACCUACAUACAUACAUACAAAAGGUACUACGCGCCUAGGUACCUACUGUACAUAUCAAGCCAAAAAAGGGGGGAUGGAGCAAGGGUACCUAGUAGAGAAUAAGGGGCCAACUAAAAAAAAGAGAGAAAAAGUAUUUGGUUCAAUGACCAUUCCUCCGGAACGAUUCGAUAUCUAUAGGUACUGUUGUUGUAUUUGUAAUUCUAGCCUCGGGAGGAGAAACAAAACGAGAGAAAAAAAAAAUACUGAAAAGUCUUGUAAUACCGCCUCGUAGUUUCUCCCCGUAGGCACCUACGUAUCUAGAGAAUACCCUCACAAAACAUUCUUGAAA